CAGCUGUGCCGUGUAACACAGAGGAAAGAUGGCGGCGGUGACCAGAGGUUCGUUCACUGCGCUCAGACGUUUGCUAACUCAGCAGUACCGCCGCCGAUGUUUCCGGCCUCAUGGCUUCAGGUCAGAGCGCCCCCUGCUGCUGCUCUCCAACAACAGAUGCCUCCAGACGUUGCAAUGCAGGACGCUACACACCACCAUGGUGAGUCGAGGACCAGUCGUCCAGUUCAAACUGUCGGACAUCGGUGAAGGGAUCAUGGAGGUGACAGUGAAGGAGUGGUACGUGAAGGAGGGAGACCGAGUGUCCCAAUUCGACAGCAUCUGUGAGGUUCAGAGUGACAAAGCGUCUGUCACCAUCACCAGCCGCUACGAUGGCGUCAUCAAAAAACUUUACUACGAUGUGGACGCCACAGCGCUCGUAGGAAAACCGCUGGUGGACAUUGAGACGGAGUCCAAUUCUGAGGUCAUCCAGGAGGAGGACGUGGUGGAGACGCCCGCCAUGGCUCGAGAAGAACACACCCACCAAGAGAUCAAAGGUCACAAGACCCAGGCCACGCCCGCAGUCAGACGCCUCGCCAUGGAGAACAAUAUAAAACUCAGUGAGGUCGUGGGCACCGGUAAAGACGGACGUAUACUGAAGGAGGACAUCCUCAACUUCCUGGCAAAACAGACAGGCGCCAUCUUACCUCCAACUCCAGUCCACGAGAUUCACACUCCAGGUCCGGCUCAGGUCUCUGCUGCUGCCAGGCUGGCCAGCACGUCAGUGGCCAUCAAAGCCCCACCCACCACCACUGCCAGAGCCAUCUUCACAGGGAAGGACAUCACUGAGCCCCUGACAGGUUUCCAUAAGGCUAUGGUGAAGACCAUGACGGCAGCACUGAAAAUUCCUCACUUUGGUUAUUGUGAUGAAGUCGACCUGAGUCGUCUGGUGACGCUGAGAGAAGAACUCAAACCUGCAGCUGGACAUCGAGGGGUUAAACUGAGCUACAUGCCCUUUUUUAUUAAGGCUGUGUCCCUCGGUCUGCUCCACUACCCAAUCCUGAACGCUUCGAUGGACGAAGGCUGUCAGAACAUCACCUACAAGGCGUCUCACAACAUUGGCGUGGCGAUGGACACGAGUCAGGGUCUGCUGGUUCCUAACUUGAAGAACGUGCAGCUGCUCAGCGUUUUUGACAUUGCUCUCGAGUUGAACCGCCUGCAGGUGCUGGGGUCAAAAGGUCAACUGGGAACCAGUGAUCUGACUGGAGGAACAUUCACACUGUCCAACAUUGGCUCAAUCGGUGGCACGUACGCUAAACCAGUGAUUCUUCCUCCAGAGGUGGCUAUUGGAGCUCUGGGCAAAAUCCAGGUUCUUCCUCGGUUUGGCUCCAAUGGUCAGGUGGUCCCUGCCCACAUCAUGAAGGUCAGCUGGUCGGCAGAUCAUCGCAUCAUCGAUGGCGCCACCAUGUGUCGCUUCUCCAACCUGUGGAGCGAGUACCUGCAGAACCCGGCCCGCAUGGUUCUGGACCUGAAAUAAACAUUCUACAUUAGCCUUGAUAAGGACCCAACAGACACACUGUGACAGCCCCCCACACACACACAAACGCACACCAACACACACACCAUUCACUAUCGCGUUAGGGGAGGCGCUAAAGUCUGUUUGUUAAUCAGGUUGCUGUCGAGGUUUGACACUGGUCUCUGAAGGACACACAGACAUUAAGGACAAACUGUCUUCUAACUUUUCUUUACAAAAAAAGAUAGCCUAACUCUGCUAGCAUUGUAAGCGUUUUCACAUCGUCUCAAAUGUCAUCAGAUGAUCAUGUUUGAUGUUUUUAACUCACCUUCAUGGUGGACAAACGUUUCUGCUGCUACAAACAGUGUCUCCAAUGCAAGCUAAUGUGGCGCUACUAUUAGCAUCACCUUUCAAGAAGAUAAAUAAUGGACGUCAGUCGAGCAGCAGCCACACAAGUGAUUUCAAAUCAGCGAUCAUGUCAGCAAAUCCAUCAGUAUCAACACUAAUCAACACUAAUACUGAAAUCUUGACAGUACUCAUUCACACUGACAGCAGCCUCUGAUCUGAUGGAAAGUGAUGAAAACAUGUAAAACUGAAAGAUACUGAUACAAUCCUCAACAUGGGGGAGGGGGUCUGUGUCUUCUUAAUUGUUCUCCUGGCGUUCCUCCUUUCCUCCUCACUGUUGAGGUGUUUCUCCUGGACUUCCUCCUCUGUUGGAUGCUCCUGGACUUCCUCCUCACUGUUGGGAUGUUUCUUCUGGACUUCCUCCUCUCUGUUGGAUGCUCCUUGACUUCCUCCUCACUGUUGGGAUGUUUCUCCUGACUCCU